AUGAGGAGUCUGCUUAAUGCUAAUGUGAUUACUAUCAUUCCCAAGACAGAAAAUGUUGAGUGCUUGAGUGAUUUCAGACCUAUCUCCCGCUGUAAUGCAUCUACAAAAAAUUGGGGACAAUGUUCUUUUGCUCAUGAACUUGUUCACAAUUAUCACAGAAACAAUGUAAAGAAGGAUUGUGCUUUGAAGAUUGAUUUGAGGAAAGCUUAUGAUUCUAUCCACUGGGACUGCAUUGAGGAAAUUCUUAUAGGGCUUAGAUUCCCUGAAGUGUUUAUUAAGUGGGUCAUGACUUGUGUGGGGUCUCCUUUCUACUCAGUGAUGGUGAAUGGGAAUCCUGAAGGGUGUAAAGAUUUAAAGAUCAAGCACAUUAGCUUCGCUGAUGACUUGUUUGUCUUUUGUAAAGGCAAUCUCAGAAGUGUGAAGCAGAUUGCAGAUGUGCUUAAGCCUUUUAAUGAUGUUUCUGGCUUGCAAGUGAACAAUCAGAAGAGUUGCAUUUACUUCUGUGGAGUGGAUAAUGAUGUAAAGGAGAAUAUUCUGAAUGAACUGAGUUUCAAAGAGGGCAGCCUUCCUGUUAAAUAUCUUGGUGUGCCCCUUAUUGGUAAAAGGCUAUCUAAAGGUGACUGUCAAGGCCUUAUUGAGAAGUUCACUAAAAGGAUAAGCCAUUGGACUGUUAGGCACCUAACCUAUGCAGGUUGGUUGCAGCUUAUAAAUGAUGUCUUAUUCAGUAUGCAGGUGUAUUGGUGCUCCUUGUUUAUCUUGCCCAUUGCUGUUAUUAGGGGAGUUGAAAGAAUGUGCAAGAACUUCCUGUGGAAAGGGGCUGUGGAUAUCAAGUAUGUGAAUUUAGUUGCCUGGAAGUCUGUCUGUAUGAAGAAAGAAGAGGGUGGUCUGGGAAUUAAAGACUUAGUUCUUUGGAACAAAGUUGAUGUGGUGAGACACAUCUAG